AUGAAAAAUCUCGGAUUACUAAAACUGCAACACCUGUUCUCUCUGGUGGACCAAAACCGUACUUUAGAGCUCCGGGCAGUGAAACGGUUUGCCAACAGUACCGAAGCCAACGAAUAUCUGCGAGACAUUGAGUUUAAUUCGACGAAUGACCGCAAAUACGUGAUACUCGAGUGCGACGCUCACACCGCCAAACAGAUCAUCAUAACUCAUGUCAGGGAUAUUUAUAUGGGCAAGCGUAAUUUUCAUUUCUUGCUCACCAGCUUGGUGAUGGACGAUUAUUUAAAUGAAAAAGUGAGCGAGUUCGGCGCCGUUAAUAUUACAGGGUUUCGCAUAUUAAAGCCCUCUACACAUGAGUUUAGGCAAUUUUUUAAUCAUUGGCGUAAAAGUGAUUCGACCGGUGUUAAUGGCGAUGGUAGUGGUGGAAAAGCAAUUGUAUCGGCUGACGCUGCCAUGAUGUACGAUGGUGCCAAGGUACUUUUGGAUACUUACCAACGUCUAUUGGCCCGUCAUGGUGAUGCAUUCAGAUCGGCAUCUCGUCGUGGUGAAAUUUACAGUUCAGGUUCAAAAGGCAUAGACUGCCGAUCAGAGCCAAUUGCACAAUGGGAGCAUGGUGAUAAAAUUAAGAAAUUUAUGCGCAAGACUAACAUUAAUGGCCUGACCGGAGUACUAUCGUUUGAUGAUCAUGGUUAUCGGCAAAAUUUUUCAGUCGACGUGGUAGAAAUGACAAUUAAUAGCGAGAUGGCCAAGAUCGCUCAGUGGACACAAGAAAAGGGUCUGACUAUAGUUCCCGCUAAAUAUCACCGAGUUUUACAGGAAAGGACCAAGUUUGAUAAUAAGACUUAUAUCGUGACAUCUAUAUUGGAGGAGCCAUAUCUGAUGUAUAAGGCAAAAGAGAAAGGUGUAGUGAAUGAGGGGAAUAAUCGGUUUGAGGGCUACAGCAAAGAUCUGGCUGAUCUCAUAUCAAAUAACCUGCAAAUCAAUUACGAACUCCGAUUAGUUAAGGACAGUAAGUACGGGGCACUCGAUGCCAAUUCUCAUCAAGGCUGGAAUGAAUCACUAAUCUGCCACGAUGUGCCACGAUCGUGGCAAAGUGCCACGGUUGUGGAAAAUGCCAACCGUGGCAUUUUGCCACGAUCGUGGCAGAUUAGUCAUUCUCAUUAA